AUGAAGGGAUGGGAGGACACGACCGUGAAGGAGGUUCGUACUUAUCUUGGGCUGCGGUUCUUGAUGGGGCUGCAGUCCAAGAGGCAAAUGCGAGACUUCUGGUCUCGCGACCCUCUGAUGUCGUCGGCGAUUUUCCCGCAAACGAUGUCGCGCGACCGAUUUGAUCAGCUGACAGAAGCACUACACUUCGCAGACAACCAGGCCGAGCGUCAAGCAGAUGAUCGACUCUGGAAACUGAGGCCUGUCGUAGAUGUGCCAAACAAGGUCGCCUCCAUUGACGAGAGCCUUUGGGCCUUCAAGGGGCGCCACCAGGCUUUGCAGUUCGUGCCCAACAAGAGAGCACGCAGAGGAAUAAAGGUAUAUAAGCUCUGCUCGAGUUUGGGGCCAGAGGCCGGCUACACCACGUAUCUACAUGGGGACGUCCCCGCGAGCAUGAAGGCGGUGAUAGACCUGCUGGAGAGAGGUGGCCUCAUGGACAAGGGGUACGAAGUACAUACCGACAACUGGUACUCGUCCCCUAGUCUGUUCCACCACCUACAAAAAAGAAAAACAAGCGCUGUCAGAAGCAACAGGAAGCAGAUGCCGACAGACCUGCAGGCAAAAGGGCGAGGAAGUGUAGACUUCCGAAGUACAGACUCGGGUAUGCUCGCCCUUCAUUGGCUGGACAGGAGGCCAGUCACCAUGCUCUCCACGGUGCACACGAGCGAGAUGGUAGCUCUUCCUCCCAACCACCAAGGAAUCCAACGAAUAAAGCCAAAGGUUGUAACAGACUACAACAACGGCAUGAAGGGAGUUGACUUCAGUGACCAGCUUUGA